CCGGCCGGCCCUUCUUCAGGCUCCUCUGAUCUGAGACCUCGCCUGGAAAUCGGGCCAGCAGGGCCGGGCCAGCAACAUCUUACGUUAUUUUUCUUUUCUUCCCUCACAGUCUGCUGCUUUUCCUCUUACAGCAAUAUUCACAUUGACGCUGCCAGUGGAAGAGGCCCCCUAUCUGGCACUCUUGAGAUGAUGCCAAGCCAUCACAACCGAGCCAAAAUGUCCCGGAACAAACCAGAAACCGGCCUCCAAGAGGUGAACUACGCAGAAAUCAAGUUUGCGAACUCUCAGCAGAAGCGAAGACAAGGCAAGAUGGACCCGAGCCGGGCGGCAGCACGCGAAGAGCAGAUCAGUUAUGUAGAGCUGAAGUUUCACAGAGCCCCAGAGAGACAGCCCAGCAAACGGGGCGAUCAGCACCCGCGCAGGGAAACGUGGCGUGAUCCGCACACACGCCCAGCCCCGCGCUCUGCCCCCUGGAGAGCAACAGCCGGAAUCCUGGCCGCCUCCUGCAUCCUGUUGACGGGGACAGUGGCUGUCCUGCUCACACGCUUAUUUUCUAGACAAGGAGAACAAACUAGAAAAGCCUUACUUGAUCCUCAAAUUUCCCCUAAAAAUGAGGAAUGUUCCUGCCACCCUUCCGCACGGAGCUGCUUCAGGUUUGGAAGUAGCUCCUAUCAGGUCUUCGAUCAAUGGACAACAUGGGAGGCGAGCUCCAAGGCAUGCGCAGAGCUGAACUCUCGUCUUCUGCAGAUAGACUCGGGGGAGGAGCUGGAAAUCUUCUCCACCUUGGAAAUAAAAGGCUGGAUAUCCUUCGAAGGGGUGCGGAGGAAUAGGACCGCGUUCUGGGCGGCUGAGAGGCUGGGGACGCAGAUCGUAGUAAAUGUUCAAGAGUGGACGGAGCAUCACUGCCCUUACCUGAAAGGAAGUUACAUCUACCCUAGGACAUGUUCGCUGAGUAAUGAUUAUACCUGUGAGUGUCGUGCAGAAGUGAUCAGGGAGCCGGGCACCGGUAGCUCACGCCCGUAAUCCCAGCUACUCAGAGGAUGAGAGCUGAGGAGCGCGAUUCGGAGCCAGCCACGGAGACAGCCCGCGAAACCCGGGUCUCCAACCAAUCACCAAAAAACCCGGACGCGGAGCUGGGGCUCAAGCGGAAGAAUACCAGCCUUGAGCAAACGAAAAAGAAAAAAGGAAAAAAAAACCCUCAGGGGCAGCCCCUAGGCCCCGAGUUCAAGUCUCAGGGCCAGCAUAAGAGCCAGCAGACCAAAAGCACCCCUGUGUGACCCAGA